UUGAGCGGAUCCGGAUAUGACGUCAAAUGUUUAUUGAGCAAAUCAAAUCAUUAGAAACAUCUUGGAGUAAGCUAGCUAACGUUAGUUGUCAAAACAUUAAACCUUUCUGAAUAUUUUUAGAAUUGCAAAAUCAAAAAAGGUGGAGAUGAGUGCAGAGGCGGCAGACCGUGUGGCUGUGAGCGGCAGCCGGCCGAGCACUCCUCCUCAGACCUCCUGGUUCGAGUUUCUCCUGGAUGAGAUGCUGCUGGAGAACCACCUCCAGAAGUCCCAUCCAGAUCCUGUUCCAGUGCAGCUUGUCAUCCAGUUCCUUGAACAAGCGGCCAAGCCCUCUGUGAAUGAGCAGAACCAAGUCCAGCCUCCUGCAGACAACCGCAGGAACCGCACUUUGAAGCUGUUGGCUCUUAAAGUAGCAGCACACUUGAAGUGGGAUCUAGAUGUAUUGGAGAAAGGCUUGACUAUUCCUGUGUUGAACAUGCUGCUGAAUGAGCUACUGUGUGUGAGUAAGGUUCCACCUGGAGUGAAACAUGUUGACCUGGAUCUGUCCACCUUGCCUCCCACCACUGCCAUGGCUGUCAUCAUCUACAACCGCUGGGCCAUACGAACCAUUGUGUUAAGUAGUUUUCCAGAAAAACAGACAAAACCCGGGCCUCAUCAGAUGAACAUGUUGAAUGUUGUGCAGCAGGAGAAAGAGUUGACUGAAAAUAUCCUGAGCGUGCUGAAAGAGCAGGCAGCGGACUCUAUCAUGGUGUUGGAGGGAUCUCUUGGUCUGAAGAAGGACUUCUACAUCCACACCCUGAGGACUCUGGACCUGCUGGCUGCCGACCCCAGUACUGCUAACGGAGAAACCGAGUCCUCCACAGCAGGCCUUAGGAUCAGUGCUGAUGAGCUGCACUGUCAGGUGCAUUAUGAUUUGGGAGGUAUUUUCUUUCAACAAGGCUGCUCAGACCAACUGGCAUAUGAGAAGGCUAGAGAGCAUUUUCAACAAACACGAGAGUUGCUGUUGAAGUUCGACUUGACGCUUCACGUUCACCUGGAUGAGAAGCGUCUUGCUGGGUACUGGAACGCCUGCAGGGCCCUGACCGGAGCCUUGGACCCCAGUGACACCCAGCUAAACCCCUACGGACAGAUCAACAGCCUCAUCAGAACUCACAACUACCAGGCUCUUGUUGAGGCUUUCAUCAAAGACAAUGUGUCCCUCAGCUUGCCCAACCACCUCAGACAGUCUGUCCUGAGGGAGUUUUUGCACAAAGUCCAGCAAGGGGAGAGGGGCCUGGACGAAGUGUGUCACAAGCUUUGCGUGUGCAACGCUGUUCGAGACGCCCUGCAAGGGGAGGUCCUCAGUGUGCGUUUUCACCAGCUGCUCCACAAGCCAAGGAAACAUGUGGUGGACUUUAUGCUGGAGGUAUGCACAAGGUCAUUAGACAAGGACCGUUCAUCAGAGACAUCCAAGAGGAAGAUGGUUAUUUUUCUAAAAACCCUGUGUGAGAGCUUGGCAGAGCCCCACCUGGUGUUCGUGGUGACCGCCCACAAGCUGUUCACGGAGCUGCUGAAGGAGGAGGAUAGGAAGAUCCUGGUGGAGCAGAUGAGGAAGAGGUCAGCCACGGUCAACCUCUGUGCCAAGCCUCUGCCCUCCUUCUAUGAUAUCCCAGCUGCAGCCAGUGUCAACAUUGGACAGCUGGAGCAGCAGCUCAUCCUCUGCCUGGACGCCCGCCGCAUCCGGCAGAUCCUAAUUGAGCUGCACAGCAUGGCCGAACGACCCUUCUGGCGGGUUAACAACAAGUGGGAAGUUCCUCCAGAUUACAUCAAUGUGAUACUCAACAUCAAAGACAACCUGACCAAGGAUCUGGUGUACAUCCUCAUGGCCAAAGGGCUUCACUGCAUCACUGUAAAGGACUUUGCCCACACGCGGCAGCUCUUCUCAGCCUGUCUGGAGCUGGUGACUGAGUUUUCUCCUAAGCUAAGGCAGGUGAUGCUAAACGAGAUGCUGCUUCUGGAGGUGCGGGCCCAUGAGACUGGGGUGGCUGAGGGUAGCAAUGUCAGACCCCCACCCGACCUGGUCAGCAGGGUGCGAGGCUACCUGGAGAUGAGGAUACAUGAUCUCCCUCUGCGCCAGAUAGUAGGGGAGGAGUGUGUGGCCUUCAUGUUGAACUGGAGGGAGAAUGAAUACCUGACACUGCAGGUUCCCCAGCAGCUGGUCAUGAACAACCCCUACAUCAAGCUGGGUCAGCUCCUGGCCUCCACCUGUAAGGAGCUCCCGGGUCCUAAAGAGAGCCGGCGUACAGCCAAAGAGUUGUGGGAGGUGGUAGUCCAGAUCUGCAGUGUGUCGAACCAGCACAAGAGAAACAGCGACGGACGUGUUAGCCUCAUCAAACAGAGAGAGUCCAGUAUGGGCAUCCUGCAAAGGAGCCGAUUCAUCACAUUCAUCAAGAAGCUUCGGGAACCACUGGUGCUGACCACCCUUAUCUCACUUUUCGUGAGGUUUCAUAGCAUAGUGCGGGAUGAUAUUGUCAAUGAAGUGACAGCAGAAUACCUUGCCAUUUGGCCAUCAACCCUGGCAAACAUGCAGGCUGUGGAUGUGGAGGCGGUGGCUGUGACGGUUAAAGAGCUUGUGACCUACGCCCUUACACUGAACCCCAACAACCAGUCCUGGCUCAUCACGCAGGCCGACAUCUACUUUGUGACCAACCAGUACUCUGCAGCGUUGCAUUUUUACCUCCAGGCUGGGGCAGUGUGCUCUGACUUCUUUACCAAGGCUGUGGCUCCUGAUGUCUACACUGACCAGGUCCUAAAGAGAAUGAUCAAGUGUUGUUCGAUGCUGAACUGUCACACACAGGUUGCAGUUCUGUGCCAGUUUCUAAGGGAGGUGGACUACAUGACAGCAUUCAAAGCUCUUCAAGAACAGAACAGUCACGAUGCCAUGGAUUCCUUCUAUGACUACAUCUGGGACGUCACCAUCCUUGAAUAUCUCACACACAUCCACCAUAAAAGGGGUGAGAGCGAGAAGAGACAAAUUGCUAUCAAGGCGAUUGGACAGACUGAGCUGAAUGCCAGUAACCCUGAGGAAGUUCUGCAACUGGCUGCACAGAAGAGAAAGAAGAAAUUCCUGCAAGCUAUGGCCAAACUGUACUUUUAGAUAAAACCGGGCCACCAAACAUGUGGGAGACUUUUUUUUCCAAUAAAUAGUUAUCAGUU